AUGCAUUGCAAAUUAAACUUUCUCGUUUGGUUGGUUUGCCAUUUGGUUUUCGCUCAUGCUUCGGCAGACACGGUCAUUACAGCUAAAGCCAUGGGCGGUAAUUCUCCGGUGCCAGUUGUAGUGGGAGCAGAUGGUAGCAUAACACCUGCUCUAGACAGUGCAUUCAAACACUAUGGCAAGAAAAAUUGGCAAGAACAAUCGAGGGGCCUCGAGCUCACAACAACAAUUGCACGCAAUAUUUCUUUAUACCCUCUUUUGACAUUGAAAGAAAGCCGCAAAAACUUUCCUCAUUGGACGUUGAGAUCACCGGCCGGUCAGGCUGAUUAUAUUGCAUGGCUAGCGAAGAGUGUACCUAGUGGGGAUCGUUGGACAUCCAACGUAGACUUUACAGGAUUUGAGGUAUCGGCUUUUUUCGCAUUGUACCAUAUAUCAGUGGGAAGAAUGAUUUCUUUAACUGUCUUCUUCGCUUCGAGGUACGCACAUGUCUUUGGGGACAGAGUAUCUGCGGCUGUGAGUCUGAUGAAAAGCCUUCAAGAACACACCUCUAGAAAUUUCGUUAGCUGGUUCAUGUACGAUGGUGAGUGCGUCAUGGCAUGGUCAUCGCACUGCACACCUCCGAAAUGUAGGAAACCUGCUACGAAAGCUCCAAUUUUGAAAGCAUUUCGGCAAAUUGUGCAUAGUGAAUUGAAUGACGAGGCAACGUCGGUCUGUAUUCAUUUGAAAUAUGGUGAAAAAUGGAGCAAUGACGUUAGAGUGGCGAAGAAAGGUGUCCUUAAUUCCUUGUGA